GUAUUGAUCCCUCGGUUAAACUGUAUUUGGAAGUGUGACAGCGUUGGUGUAUUUAACGACAGGGUCCUGCCGGUUGCUGUCAUAUUCCCCAGCUACACAUCAUUAGAAUAAUGACAUCCAAUCGCAAGACCUUAAUAACGAAAUGCGUCCUUUUUGACAUGGACGGUACCCUCAUUGACACCACCCCUCUUGUUGAAAAGCACUGGAAAAGUUAUGCUGAAGAACAUGGUUUGGACGCUCAGAAGAUUUUAGAAAUGUCUCAUGGUCGUCGAACUAUUGAUACUUUGAAAUAUUGGACACCACACCAUGCCACGCCAGAGAUCGCUGACAUGUAUGAACGUAAACUUACUCUAGAAUCCGAGGGUGUAUCCAUUCUUCCAGGUGUUCCCAACCUCCUCUCCGCCCUUCCCCAUGACAAAUAUGGAAUUUGUACAUCCGCAAAGUCCUAUAUGGCCGAAGCCCGCUUGCAACAAUGCAACAUGGCCAUUCCCAAGGCUCUGAUUACAGCCGAUAGAGUAGAGCAUGGAAAGCCUGAUCCUGAAGGGUACAUUCGAACCGGUCAGAUGCUGGGCUUUAGUGGAGCGGACUGUGUGGUUGUGGAGGAUGCCCCAGCUGGCGUGGAGGCUGCUAAAAGAGCGGGAAUGCAUAGCAUUGCUUGCUUGACCACCCACUCUCUCGAGCAAUUGAAAGAAGCUGGCGCUGACUUCAUUGUUAACGAUCUUGGGGAUGUGGACGUUGUUGUUCUCGGCGAUGGUCGCCUUGAAUUCACUAUUACUAAUCCAUUGUAAUAGAGCUAUAUAUUUUGUUCAUUUAAAUAGAAAAGAAAACUGCCAUAACAUCCGUUCAACACCGAGAAAAGGCUUAGACAAAAUAAAGCGCAGUUGUCAACGUGAGUCAAAGCGGAAGGGCCAUUUGGUUCUUGUUCCCGCG